UGCUUUGAACAGACGCCCAUUUUAUUUGUAAAUUGUUUAUUUUUAUCAUAUGCGCCGGAAUUCGUGCGCAUUGUAUUAAUGUAACAGUUUGAGCAUGGCUGCGGAGUUUUUAGUGAUGUUGUAUGAGUAUUCUCCUCUCUUUUACAUUACUGUCAUAUCAGUAUGUUUCAUCAUCACUGUGGUUGUGGUGCUGGGCUGGUUUGGAUUCGAUGUUCCGGUCAUUUUACGUAGCUCGGAUGAGACCGAGUCUAUCACACCUGUCCCUGAGAAGAAGAUGGUGCAGGUGACCAAUCCCUUCGCUUUGGAGAUGGGCUCUACGGCUGGUACAGUCAUUGAGGGUCUGAGCUUGCGGCCGUAUUGCCUUGAAGACUGCGUCCUCAGCUGUUUCUGGGGUUGUGGGGUUCAGGCUCUCCAGAUGGCACUUCAGAGUCACCAGCGAGGGCCCAGACUCGGCACCCCAGAGCUGUUUCAAGAUGCUCUAGAUUUCAGAUACCACCACUGCCAAAGCUUCAAUAUACAGAAAGAGGAAAGGGAGGAAUGCUUCACCCAGAUGCCACCAGAUCUCGGGGUGAGCGAUUUUGGGUUGCUGCCCCGGGAUCGGUACCCCCUGGUGGCUGUGUUGACACUGGCCAAUCCGGAAACAAGGGACAACUACAAUAUUGUGACUAGUGUGACUGUGCUGCAUGUCCCUGAUGAUAAAUACAGACUUUCUGGGAGAAUCUUGUUCCAAUAUCUUCUCACAGCACAAGGGAACAUGUAUGAUUUGAAGCCUCUUUUCAUGUCAGCUGACACCAGCAGUAUGUCUAGAACCACCGAGCCUUCAACCAGCACACAAGGGGUGGGGUCGCAACUUGAAGGUCCAGAUGAAAAGGUGGAGGAGUCAGAAUCAGAAGGGGAGUGGCCAGACACCCAAGGCCGGGACUGUGUGGUGUGUCAAAACGCACCAAUAAAUAGAGUGCUGUUGCCAUGCCGACAUGCAUGCGUAUGCGAUGGAUGUGUACACUGCUUUCAGCACUGUCCGAUCUGCCGUGCUUAUGUCUUUGAAUCUUUUUCUCUGUCUAACCGGACAUCUCAUGAUGAAGAAAAGGACUUAAUGGAGGAUUAAAUCUGUCUCUGAACCAAACGUUAGCAAUUCCUUGCUGGACUGAACAUAAAAGGAAACAUUGUAGCUUCUAUUAGGUUAAUGGAUGCAGGCAUCUGACCUUUACCUACAGUUGAAGUCAGAAGUUUAUAUACACCUUAGCCAAAUACAUUGAAAGUCAGUUUUUCACAAUACCUGACAUUUAAUCAUAGAAAAUGUUCCCUGUCUUAGGUCAGUUAGGAUCACUACUUUAUUUUAAGAAUGUGAAAUGUCAGAAUAAUAGUAGAGAGAAUGAUUUAUUUCAGCUUUUAUUACUUUCAUUACAUUUCCAGUGGGUCAGAAGUUUACAUACACUUCCUUAGUAUUUGGUAGCAUUGCCUUUAAAUUGUUUAACUUGGGUCAAAUGUUUUGGGUAGCCUUCUACAAGCUUCUCACAAUAAGUUGCUGGAAUUUUGGCCCAUUCCUCCAGACAGAACUGGUGUAACUGAGUCAGGUUUGUAGGCCUCCUUGCUCGCACACGCUUUUUCAGUUCUGCCCACAAAUUUUCUAUCGGAUUGAGGUCAGGUCUUUGUGAUGGCCACUCCAAUACCUUGACUUUGUUGUCCUUAAGCCAUUUUGCCACAACUUUGGAGGUAUGCAUGUGGAAAACCUAUUUGUGACUGACCUUUAACUUCCUGGCUGAUGUCUUGAAAUGUUGCUUCAAUAUGUCCACAUAAUUUUCCUUCCUCGUGAUCACAUCUAUUUUGUGAAGUGCACUAGUCCCUUCUGCAGCAAAGCACCCCCACAACAUGAUGCUGCCACCCCCAUGCUUCAUGGCUGGGAUGGUGUUCUUUGGCUUGCAAGCCUCACCCUUUUUCCUCCAAACAUAACGAUGGUCUUAUGGCCAAACAGUUCAAUUUUUGUUUUAUCAGACCAGAGGAUAUUUCUCCAAAAAGUAAGAUCUUUGUCCCCAUGUGCACUUGCAAACUAUAGUCCGGUAUAGCAUUGGCUUCUUCCUUGCUGAGCAGGCUUUCAGGUUGUGUCGAUAUAGGACUCGUUUUACUGUGGAUAUAGAUACUUGUCUACCUGUUUCCUCCAGCAUCUUCACAAGGUUCUUUGCUGUUGUUCUGGGAUUGAUUUGCAUUUUUCGCACCAAAUUACGUUCAUCUCUAGGAGACAGAACGUGUCUCCUUCCUGAGCGGUUGUUUGUACAGAUGUGGUACCUUCAGGCAUUUGGAAAUUGCUCCCAAGAUUGAAAAAGACUUGUGGAGGUCCACAAUUUUUUUUCACAAUCUGUCUGUAAACAAUUUUUUGAAAAAUUACUCAUGUCAUGCACAAAGUAGAUGUCCUAAAUUACUUGCUAAAACUAUAGUUUGCUAAUAUUAAAUCUGUGGAGUUGUUAAAAAAGAGUUUUAAUGACUUCAACCUAAGUGUAUGUAAAUUCUGACUUCAACUGUAGGUAUGAAACUUGUUAUUCUAGCAUUAUAUAACUAAUUUUAGGAUUUUGAAAUGGAGAGAGCUUGAGAAAUGUGUUUAGUAUUUGAAU